AUGCUUGCCGUCCUCAAGCAGCACGUAAACCACGUGACAUGUACACCGAUGCGGGACCGGGCUAUCGCCCCCGGUUCCGGCCAUAUUGACCUGAGCUCCGCUACCUCUUCACAACGGUGCCCCAUCUGGUUGGAAUGGACCACCGCGAAGAGUGAAAGCGAUCCGUCUGAACUAUCGUCGCAAAUGAACGCCUGCCCCUCUCUGCGGACAAUGGCGGCCGGCCAAGCCGGCGACCAAAAAACCGGUUUUGGCAGUAUCACCUCGCGCUUGCAUGCAGCAGCUGGCGGGAACCUCGUGUUGUCUCUCGCAGAUUGGCUUGAGGCGCGAGACGCUGUGGUUGUGAACCGUACCCCUGGACCAUUGAUCGCAUGGCUCUACCUAGAUAGUCAUGAUGAUCACUCUCUUUCGAGACUGUCUGUCUGUGAGAAACAUGGCGCAGAAGUCUCAGAUCCCAACCAGGCCAAAAGUCAUUGGCUGCUCAAACGCGUUGGCGUGAUGUCCAAUACGAGUUCCUUUCUAGACAUUCAUCUUCACAAAGCGUCUGAUGGGAGACGCUGCUCUUCGAGCUGGAGUCUGAUGCGUCUUCGCAGAGACUCCAACAUGAACUUGCCAAUGUCGUAUGGACUGGCUCAUCAUUCUGCCGUGUUGAUCAAGCUUGCCGACCGUGACCAAGUUUGCAGCGGGGAAGGCGGAUAUACCGGCUAUGAGUAUGAGACCAUGAGCACCACAGUCCUCAGUACGGAUACAGUAGCUAGCUCCAAGUCGGCUUCCCUCCACCUACGCGACGAUCGAAGUUUUGAUGGGAGGAGUCAGAGACUCAGAGAUUCUUUUCAACCGAUCCAAUGA